AUGUGGAAUGGUGAUGGAACAGUGGAGUUUAAUGGCUUCCGAGUUCUCUAUUCAGAGGUAAUAACAAUUAUUUCACUUAACAAUGAUCAACUGUGGUUGUGUUUUUUUUUUUCACAUCAAACUUGUUAUCAGGUAGACUAUGUAAGAAGAAUCUUUGAAAGACACCCAGAAACCGCAAUGAAUCUUCUUCCAAAGAACCAGUUGGUGAAGAAUGCUUACAUGAACACCCUCCUCGACCUCAUCGACAUAACUUGCUUAGCUCCUCAGGAGCUCACGGAGGAGGAGCUAAGAGAUGCUGAGAACACGCUUUUGGAUCUGGUUGGUGUAGGUUUUGAGUUGGAUUGGUUGAAGAGGAAACUUGAAGAGCUUUGCGUGAAGAAGAAGAAAAUGGAAGCACGCGGUGCACGCAUGAGAGAACUCGAUAGAAUGAUCGUGGAACAGAGACAAGUGUUGCUUGCUCUUGAAGUGGAGCUGAAGAAUGAAGAGAACGAGGCUGUUUCCGACAGUGCUCGACUCGGUUUCGAGGAUGUUGUUUGAAAAAGAAACUCACUAGUGAAGAAGCCUAAAUGUUUUUGGUUUCCCUCACGUGCUUCAAGUAUAUGUGGCUUUUAACUCAUUACAAGAAUGAUUGAAUAAAAGGACCAAAUGGUCAAUAUGAUCUUUUGUACUUUUAUUUGGUAUUACUCUAUAGCUCAAAUCUAAAGUAGUCUGCCUUCAAGGUACAUCUAACUCUGCACUUGUUAUCUUCCCUCGGCCAGGCUCCAUCAACAUUUUCAUUUUAGCUAGUUCAUGUGCGCUAGCCUUUCAUCAGUCUCUUGUGCCUCGUGGUCCAUUCCCUCUCAUGAACGCAUACGCCUUCCAUAAUAUCCAUUGUACUAAUUACUAAACUUGGGUGAUCCUAGGCAGUGGAGAAAACUCUGUAGUAGAGGUUAUAUACAAAGACUCUUGACAGUUCCCAACCAGAGAAGCUGGAACAGAGACGUGGCUCAUACAAGUCUUUUGCACAAGGGCAUUGAAAAAGCAGCUGACUAAACCAUUUCCUGAUAGGGACCUGCAGAUGGACUUUUGGAAUUUGACUAGGUUUUUCCAUAUCAAUUAGGAACAGAGAAUCUAGGCUUGGUUAGUUGUUAACGUGCUGAGCUUGCUCCUCCUACACUAGGACAGACCCAAUUGGAGAACUGUUAAAUAUUUAGGGACUUAUACUUGUUUUUUUUUGGAACUCCUCAGAUAAACUAGUUCUGAUUAGCCAUUCUCUUAAUUCUAUUCACUACCACCUUCGAACAUAUAAUAAGGUUUCAAUUCGUCCUCUUGCUGUUCUGCUAAUUUGGUGUCUAAGGUUGUCAAGUGUUAUUCAUUGGUCCACCGAUUCUGUUGUCAGAACUGCGUCUAUGUCAUCUAAUAAUAACUUAGAAACUCUGUUUCAAUCUCAGAGCGUAGAAUAUUGAUGUACAUGGGGCCAAAAUUACGAAACAUUGGGCUAACAUCAUGGUCGUCUAACAUCAAACCUUAGGGGAACAAAUUGUAAACAGAAACGAAUUCAAAAGCAGAGAGUAGAAGAGAAUGGGAUCAGAUAGAGCUAAUACGUAAGAUGCCAUCAUUCCGGCGAUCAAACCAAUAGGGAACAAUAAAGUUCAACAUUCAUCAUUCCAUUCUCUUUCUCUCCCAUACUAUUAACUUGAAAAAGAUUAGAAAUUUAGAGGAGAAGGAUCAGAUAGAGCUAAUACAUAGAUGCCAUCAUAUCGGCGUAUCAAACCAAUAGGGAACAAAAAAGUUCAAUCAUCAUAUCCUUCUUUUGAAUUUUAACAACUAAACAGAACACAUAAAAAUCUAAACUUGAAUUCUAUAAACUCAAUAAGUAAUGAAGUUGAGCCGUCGAGAAUGUCAGUGGCGAUGGAACUUAUAUAUACAUCUGUGAACUUAGGGCUACAUCCUCAAAAGACGUAAAUACCCCCUGUUAUAUCUUUCUAUUGAUAGUGAGCUCAACUAACCCCAGCGUUAGUCACCGUGACUUUUUUCCUUAU